CUUUCAGCAGUUUCUUCUUCACUCUAACUUCCGAAGAACCCAGAAGACGACGAAGAAGAACGAUGGCUCUCGGGGUCAAAGCCUUCCCCUUCACGUUUGUGGUGCACUUGCUUGGGAUCGCCGGCGUCGUUUUGGUUCUUGUUUGGUGCAUACACUUCAGAGGCGGUCUAGCCUGGGAAUCUUCAGACAAGAGUCUCAUCUUCAAUAUUCAUCCUGUACUGAUGCUAAUUGGCCUAAUUAUCAUUGGUGGUGAAGCUAUUGUUAGUUACAAGUCAGUCCUUUUGAAGAAGGAAGUGAAGAAAGUAAUACAUCUCACUCUGCAUGCUAUUGCACUGAUUCUGGGUAUUGUUGGCAUCUGCGCUGUAUUCAAGUACCAUAAUGAGAGUUCAAUCGUCAAUCUCUACAGUUUGCAUUCUUGGCUUGGAAUUGUGGUCAUCAUCCUCUAUGGCAUUCAGUGGAUAUAUGGGUUUAUUAUAUUCUUCUACCCGGGAGGAUCAGAGGGACUAAGGGCAGACUCGCUUCCAUGGCAUGUGGCAUUUGGGAUGUUUGUGUACGUGCUAGCAGUUGCCAAUGCUGCCUUAGGAUUUCUGGAGAAGCUUACAUUCCUUGAGAACUCGGGUCUUUCCAAAUUUUGUUCUGAAGCCAUCCUUGUAAACUGCCUUGCUGUGAUCACAAUUCUGUAUGGAGCCUUUGUGAUAUUAGCAGUUGGUUGCCAGGGUAAUGAAGAAGAUGACCACAGCUAUUCAGCUAUAUAAAUAUAAAUGCUGUAGAUAGAUGUACCAAAUAAUUGUAAUUCUCUUUUCUGUGAUUGUGAUUGUUAUGAAAGCCAGGAUCUCUACUGGUUGUAUUAGUAGAACAUGAAAUCAUUAUCUAUUUUCUCGUAGACAUGAACUUAUGGUCUAUAAUAGUAGAUUGUGUUCUCUGUACUGUAUCCUCUGUAACUGCUUUGUUUGUUCUUCAUCCUGCAAAAUUUUAGCC